CUUUAAAAUAAAAAUUGAAAAAGUAGAGAAGGGGUUGGAUAAAGAAGGAAAUGGCGUAUGCAGUUGCUCCUCAAAUGGCGUAUGCUGUUGCUCCUCAAAUUCACUCACGUCCAUGGAGUUUCGGAUUUGUAUCAUCUAUAGGUUCAAGUAAUGGUUACCUAUCUGGAUCACUAAACUUGAGGAAAUUCCAGAGCGAUGUACCAUAUUCCUCCGUUGGAAGAUUGACAAGGGCCACCGGUGAGGCCAGCUUUCGGAGGGUUGAGGACGAAGAGGAAGAGGAAGUAUUUCAAGUCUUGACUGCUGUAACUAGCAACUACAAUGACAUUGUAAUUGUAGACACUCCCAAAUCCAGAAUGCUGCUUCUCGAUUCUUCUAAUAACGUCCACAGCAUUCUUUAUAAGGACCAGAUGUGGACAGGUUCUUACUGGGAUGAGUUUGUUAGCCUGCCAGCUAUUAUUCCGGAGGGGCCAAUUGCUAUAUUUGGCUUGGGAGGGGGGACUACUGCCCAUUUGAUGCUUGCUUCAUGGCCCUCGUUGCAGCUUGAAGGUUGGGAGAUUGAUGGAAUCCUAAUUGAUAAAGCAAGAAAAUUUCUCGGCCUAUCUGUUCUUGAGAAGCAUUCUGAUGAUGGUGGGAUACUUAACAUUAACAUCGGAGAUGCCCUUGAUCCAUCAGUCCGAAUCUCUGGGGGUUAUGCUGGAAUUGUUAUUGACUUGUUUUCUGAUGGAAAGAUUUUACCUCAAUUGCAACAGGUUGGCAUGUGGUUGGAUUUGAAAGAUAGAUUGAUGGUUGGUGGUCGGCUCAUGAUAAAUUGUGGAGGGAAUGAAGUAGUCAACGUUACUGACAAUGGUAUAUGCAGUGAAGUAUCCUCAACCGAUUGCUUCUGGCCAAAUAAUUCUGUGAUUGAGGCUCUUUCAGAAGUAUUUCCUAAACAGUUGUGUUGGAAAAAAUUGCCGAAAGAGAAGGGUGAGAAUUAUCUUGCUCUGACUGGACCAUUUCCAGAAUUGCACUCCUGGUCUGCUGUUGUUCCGGAGGCAUUAAGAGCGAGUGUCAAGGAGUGGAGGCCGUACGAGCGACUUUCAUGAUCUACAACCUGCUCUUUGAUUUGAUGGAUGAAGAUGAAUCCACAAUUUGGAGUGUACUAGUUAUGACGAAAACUAGAUAUGUUUGUAAAGACCAUGUCUUGAAUAUUGUGAGUUAGAGUUGCUGUUUCGUAUAUUAUGUUUGCAGCUCCCAGUUUCAUUCUUAGUUUUGGUCAUAAGCUACUAUUUUGUAUGGUAUGGGGUAUAGGUAGCAUUGAAAGGGUUGGAUCUUUUGAUUGCUUUUAUUAAUCUCCUUGAUAAUCAAUCCCAUUAUAACCACCUCAGGAAAUUUGAUCUAUCUAUUUGGGGAUGUAA